AUGAUAGCCAAGAUUGCCCUUGAGGAAGCAUUUAAUCUUCCUAACUUACCUAGGGAUAACAAUCAAUACACUUCCCCCACUGGCUCAGCAGAUCUCGCUGCUAACUUGGCUGACAUCCACGACCAACGCUUGAAAGGGAUGGAUGAGAACGGUAUCGAGUACAUGGUUCUCUCUCUUACAUCCCCGGGUCCUCAAGAUAUAAUAGAUCCUGUUGCUGCCCAAGAUCUCGCCAAGAUUGCCAAUGACUAUCUAGCUGGCGAGAUCCGGAAAAACCCUGAUCGAUUCGGUGGCUUUGGGGCAUUAAGCAUGCAUGAUCCGAAGUCCGCCGCACUGGAGGCUAGGCGUGCUAUCAAGGAAUUAGGCUUCCAUGGCCUCCUGGUGAAUGACUUUCAAUCUACGGGAAAUGAUGGAGAGGGCGCGAUUUUCUAUGAUCAGCCUGAGUGGGACGUCUUCUGGAAAGAGGUUGAGGAGCUUGAUGUUCCCCUUUAUAUCCAUCCCAGACUCACUACUCCAGCUGUUACCAAGCUCUUUUUAACCGGACGACCAUGGUUACGAGGAAGCACUUAUUUCUUCAGGAUAACCCUCCACGUUCUGGGAUUAUACGCCAACGGAGUUUUUGAUCGCUUUCCCCGCCUUAAGAUUGUCAUUGGGCAUAUGGGAGAGAACAUACCAUUUCAGUUAUGGCGCUUCGAUCAUCGGAUGAGUUAUUAUUCUAAUGAGCCUCUACCCAAGGCGAAGAGAUCUCUCCGAGAGACAAUGAAAACCAAUAUUUCGAUCACUACGAGCGGACAUUAUGGAACACCUGCAUUGCUGUUUGCGAUUAGGGAGCUAGGCAUUGAUCGGGUGCUGUUCUCCAUCGACUAUCCAUACGAAAGGAUCGACCAAGGACCGAAGUGGUUUGACAGUAUUACUGAGCUGAGUGAGGAGGAAAAGAAGCAAAUUGCAUUUGGAAAUGCAAAGCGGCUUCUGAAGUUGAAGUGA